AUGCGCGAUUUCCAGAAAGAGGUUCAAAAACUUAACAUGAAAGAAGAAAUGAUGGAUGAUGUGCUAAAUGAUUUCGACCCGACCGACGCGGAUGCGGAAGAUGCGGUAAUCGAUGAAGUUCUCUCCUCGCUAUCUAUUGACGUGAACAAGCAACUGGAUGCAGCUAGUGUUCCGAGCAACACUUUACCAUCGGAUAAAGAAUCUGUCGAUUUGAGCGACCUGGAAAAGCAACUGGAUCGAUUGCGCAACUAG